AUGGCACGCGCGCUCGCCCAGCGCAGCGGCGGCGGCGGCGGCGGGGCGGCCAGCGUGCCCGCCCAGCGCGGUGGCGGCGCGGCCCGCGCGUACCUGAUCGUCAUUGAUGAUAUUUGGAGCGUGCAAGCAUGGGAAGUCGUGAAAUGUGCAUUGCCUGAUAACACGUACAAUAGUAAAAUAAUGACAACUACUCGCAUUGUUGAUGUAGCUAAAUCUUGUUGCCCUUACAGACAUGAUCAUGUAUUUCAAAUUGGACCCCUUUGUGAUGAAGACUCCCAGAGGCUAUUUUUAAGAAGAAUUUUUGGCUCUGAACACAGUUGCCCACCUCAACUGAAAGAAAUAUCGACUGGAAUAUUAAAGAGAUGUGGUGGCAUGCCGUUGGCUAUAAUCAGUAUUGCUAGUAUGUUGGCUUCAAAACCAGAUACAAAGGAGCAAUGGGAGAGAGUAAGGGAUUCUCUUAGUUCUGCACUAGAAAGUAGUCCUAAAUUAGAAGGAAUGAGAAAGAUACUAUUGUUCAGUUACUAUGAUCUCCCUUGUCAUCUAAAGACUUGCUUAUUAUAUCUAAGUAUAUUUCCGGAGGACUAUGAGAUUAAAAAAGAUCAUUUAUUAUGGAAAUGGAUAGCUGAAGGAUUUAUUAUGGAAGAAAGGGGGCAAAGGUUGGAGCAAGUCGGAGAGAGCUACUUCAAUGAGCUUAUAAACAGAAGCAUGAUCCAACCAGUUGAUAUCUGGUAUGAUGGGCGAGUGGACGCUUGUCGAGUCCAUGAUAUAGUUCUUGAUCUUAUCAUAUCCUUGUCAACAAAAGAGAACUUCAUUACCAGGCUAGGUGGUCAGGAGUUGCAAGCUUUUCCAGAUAAGAUACGCAGGUUGUCGAUACAAUCUGAUUGUACCGAAGAAGUGAAACAAAUCACUGUGAAAAAUGGAUCGCAGAUUCGUUCACUUAAUACCUUUGGGUGUGCUAGUAACACAUCGCUAUUUUCAGAAUCUCAUUGUUUACGAGUUUUGGAUCUGGGAGCUUGCGAAUGCUUGAAGAUUAAAUGCAUUAUUGCUAGUAUACCAAGAUUUCAUCAGUUGAGAUAUUUAAGAUUGGGAGGAGACAUUGUGGAACUUCCAGAGCAAAUUGGGGAUCUGCAAUUCCUACAAACACUAGAUCUAACACAAUGCAGUGUAAUGAGAAAAUUGCCACCAACCCUUGUCCGAUUAUGCAGGUUAGUCCGGUUAUUUGUUCAUAGGGGUGUUAGGCUGCCAGAUAAGAUAGGGAGCAUGCAAGCUUUGCAGGAGCUAUCCCGUGUCUUCUGCCAGUCUACAGAAUUUGUAGAAGAGCUAGGGCAGCUGGCAAGACUGAGAGUGCUCGAGAUAGAGUGCCUGGAUCUUGAUGAGAUGCAUGGUGACAUGGAAAGCAGCAAAAUACAAACAUUGGUAUCAUCUCUGAGUGCAUUGGGAAAACAUAGCCUUCAAUCACUACAAAUCUGGGACAUUAACAAGUCUCCUCUUGAAUAUUUGAUGGUUGAGGGGUUCACAAUUCCACAUCUGCAAAAACUUGUCAUAUGGGAUGUCAUUCCCAGGGUUCAUGGCUGGAUGGCCAAUCUUGUUAAUCUCACCCACCUCGAAAUCACAGUAGGCAGGAUGGAAGGGGAAGCUGAUCCCCGUAUCCUUGGCUGCAUACCUGGCCUUCUAUUUCUUGACCUGAAAGUGUUCACAGGGCCCUGGGAAAUUCUCUCCAUUGCCGACCAAGGAUUCCAGCAUCUUCGUCAGUUCCAUUUCCACAGAAUGGGAGGCGGGAUUGGGCUCGUGUUUGCACCGGGUUCCAUGCCAGCCUCCAAAUCUUUCGCCUCUGUUUCAAGCAAAGAAAACAGCCAGGAGCAUGGGCAGCCGCGAGGUGGGGAACUGUCAGCUAGUACAAGCGGAGGUAGCGAGGACAACCUACCUGAGGGAGUGAGAGAGUCUGAACCUGAAAGUUCAGAAUUGUCUGCUAAUAGAGGUGGAAGCAGUGAGGAAAAUCAAUCUGAAGUAACGAGGAAAUCUGAGCGGCCUGGCAGCUCAGAACUGUCUGCUUGUACAAGCGAAAGCAGUGAGGACAAUCGAUCUAAAGGAGAAUCUUCCCUGUUCAGGUGCUCGGAAACUUCCCUGCACGAACAUGGCCACCCCCAGAGAAUAGUAGCAAGAAGAUCGCCGCCAUCGUGUGCCCACAGUCCUUCAUUGUCCAACUCUGCCCAAACUGAUGAGCUAGUAAGUAGAAGUAUGCAAGCGCUCAAUGCGUUAUCUGGUGUUAGUGGAGCACAAUAUGCCAAGGCUGUUGACAGGUUUGGCAAGAAGAAGAUCUUCAUGGAGCUCUUUCUUGAGAUGCCUCCACAUAGGAGAAUGGAUUGGCUUCUUCACUUGGAUUAA